AUGGACGUCGAAGGCGCCUUCGACACUGUCCUUCAGCCAAUCUACCGCCUGAGCAACCCCAAGGGGCGCUUCGGCUAUGCAGACGACACUGCCGUCCUUUGCGUCGGAGACUCCCUGGAGGAGACUGCCCACAGAGCGUCGAAACAUGUUCACGAACUCAUGACAUGGGGCACCGCGAACGCGAUAACCUUCGACCCCAAGAAGACUGAAGUCAUGCACUUCUCCCGAACUACACCGAGGAAUGCACCUCCAGUCUUCCAUGGCGAGGUAGAAAAGCGGCCAGGCUCAGCCAUGCGGUGGCUCGGCAUCUGGCUUGACAGCACCCUGACGUUCAAGACGCACGUCGAGAAGUGGACUGCCAAAGCGCAAGCAGUGGCCUACCAUCUCAAGGAGGCGUGGUACCCGGGCAUGACCUGCCCGCGAUGGAAUAAGCCGGCAAAGGAAGGGCCAUCAAGAAUACGGCACCUCAUCCGGCGGAUGGACAAGUCGCUCAACACGGCCAUGCGAGCCAUCCUCCCGGUCUGGAAGACGACGCCGCUCAGCGCCAGGCACCGGGAGGCGGGCAUACCCCCGUCUCAAGUCCUCGACGAAGCGCACCCGCUUGCGGUGCGAACGAAGCCGAUCCGGGCCCCUGUCAUCAACAGGGCCAUUAAGUUAAAAUACCAGCGUCCACGACAACCUUUCCGGACCAGACUGCGUCGCACUGACGAGCUGCUCCCAAGGUGCGCCAGGCCAGACCUUCUCGCACAAUCGGCGGCAAACUUCGGCGAGUGGCUCCAAUCAGUUGCUCCACGGACAGCAAUCGUCUACUCGGACGGAUCCUCUCCCGGAGGAGCCGCGGGGUACGGCUAUGCGGUACAUCAGGAUGGACUCACCGUCCUCAGCGGUAACGGCCGUCUUGGGCUUGCUGAGGUCUUUGAUGCCGAGGCGAGAGGCUCCCUAGAGGGUCUGCGUGCUGCGUUGAGCCUCCCGGCUGCAGACCAGAUUGUCGUAUGCCUCGAUAACCUCGCGGUCGCGACGUGUCUUCAAGGCAUGCCGUCAGAUUCCUCCCAGAAGGAGUUCCUGGAAUUCCAGGCCUUGGCCGCAGAACAUGGUGCCACUGAGAUCCGCUGGAUCCCCGGCCACACCAACAUCCCAGGUAACGAGCAGGCAGACGCCUUAGCAAAGGCAGGAACCUCUCAACCCGAGCCUGCAGACGCUCUCCCGACGCUGGCAUAUCUGCGCAAGGUCGCUAGGCAGCGACCAAAAGACGCAUUCAAAGCCUGGUGGGAAGUUUCUGCACCCCAACAGUACAGGGUCCUCGACCUCGAUGCCACGACUGGCUGCCCGCCAGAACUUACCAUUCCACGACCUCUGCUCCACCAUCUGCUCGCAGCAAGAACCCACCAGAGGACUUCGCUGAUUACCACGAAAGGUUGA